GGUGAUGGAGGUGAUGGAGGAGUUUCAUUUCAUCGUGAAAAGUUUGUAGCAAGAGGUGGACCAUCAGGUGGAAAUGGAGGAAAAGGUGGAUCGAUUUAUUUAAGACCAUCAGAGCACGUUCAUUCAUUAAAUCGGAUUCCCAAAAUCUUAAAUGCACCAAUCGGUAGUCAUGGAGCAGGUCAAUGGAUGAAUGGAAAAUCGGGUGAAGAUUUAAUUUUAGAUGUACCGAUUGGAACCGUAGUGAAAGAAAUUAGGGAUCAAGUUGAUGAUGUUCAAGACUCUCCUGGUACUUUUUUGCUGGCCAAGGGAGGUGAAGGAGGAAUGGGUAAUUCGAAUUUUAUCGGUAAUCAAACCGUUUUACCUAGGUUUGCUACCAAAGGUAAAAAAGGAGAAGUUUAUAAACUUGAAUUAGAGCUUAAAACUUUGGCUGAUGUGGGUUUAGUCGGGUUUCCUAACUCUGGUAAAAGUACUUUGAUUCACACUUUGACCAACUCGAGGUCAGAGAUUGCUCCUUACGAAUUCACUACACUUCAUCCUCAGAUCGGUACUCUGAUUAUUUAUACGGAUGGCACUUGGGAUACAGGAGAUCAAAGCCAUUGUCCAGGAUUGUUACCCAAAGCUUCUAUGAAUGUAGGUCUCGGACAUGCCUUUCUUCGGCAUAUCGAGCGAUCAAGGAUCUUGGUAGUAGUAGUGGACAUCUUAGCUGAACUUGAUAAACCGUGUAGAGAUGUGGAGAUGUUAAUGAAAGAAUUAGAAGAAUAUCAAUCAGGUUUAAGUGGUAGAGUGAUGAUCGUAGUAGCCAACAAAGCAGAUUUAUCAACCUCAUCAACUCAAUUAGAACAA